AUGGCUGCCACUACCAAUGUCAAGACCAGUCUGGAGGUUACCAAAGGUGCAACGGUCUUCGACCCCAUCCCCCUCGAUGCCAGCUCCUCGAACUCGCUCAGCGAUGAGAACACCACCCUUCUCGGACCGUUCCCUACCGAAGAAGAGUGGGCGACGCUACCCCGUGUAGCUGGUUCGAUCCCGUGGCAGGCAUGGACUGUCGCUAUGGUCGAAUUCGUUGAGCGCUUCAGUUACUAUGGAACAAGUGCUGUCUUCGUGAACUUCAUUCAAAAGCCCCUUCCUCCGGGUUCGCGAACUGGUGCCGGUUUCCUGAAGAAGCCAGGUUCUGGUGCGCUUGACAUGGGACAAAGAGCGUCUACGGGUCUUACCAUGUUCAACCAGUUUUGGUCCUACAUUACCCCUCUUGGUGGCGCAUGGUUGGCCGAUGAGUACUUUGGUCGCUAUCUUACGAUCCAGUACGCCAAUAUCAUCGCUAUCAUCGGUCACAUCCUCCUUAUCUUCUCGGCGAUUCCCCAGGUCAUCACCAAGCCCGAUACUGCUAUUGCCAUCUUCUCGGUCGGUCUCGUCAUCAUGGGCAUCGGAACUGGCGGCUUCAAGUCGAACAUCUCGCCUCUCAUUGCAGAACAAUACAAGGACCAAAAGGCAUACGUCCGCGUGAGGAAGAACGGUAACAAGGAGAUCGUUGAUCCCGCGACUACCACAGCUCGUAUCUACAUUUACUUCUACUUCUUGAUCAACUGCGGUUCGCUUACCGGAUCUUUGGCUAUGGUCUACUCUGAGCAUUUUGUUGGAUUUUGGCUAUCAUACACACUGCCUACGAUCUGCUACUUGCUCUGCCCGCUUAUGUUGCUCUUCUUCAAGAAGCACUACAAGCUGUCGCCACCAACUGGAUCUGUCAUGGGAAGAGCUGCCAAGCUCAUUCGCCUUGCGUUCAAGAAGAGCACCAAGAAGAACUGCUUCAAAGAUGAGGGCUUCUGGGAGAGAGUUAAGCCUAGCACAAUCCGCGCUAAUGGCGAGACCCCGCCCACCUGGAUGACCUUUGACGAUGCUUGGGUCGACGAGGUCCGUCGUGGUGUUAUUGCUUGCAAGGACGCUUUCGAGUACAACAGACACGCCAACACUAUGAAGCUCGGCAAGACUCCGAACGACAUCGUCUCCAAGCUCAACCCCAUCUUCAUCAUUAUCGUCAUUCCCAUCAUGGAUUUCGGUGUUUACCCCGCUCUCCGAAAGAUGGGUGUCAACUUCACGCCGAUCAAGAAGAUCACUGCCGGUUUUGCUCUGUCUUCGUUCGCCAUGGUAUCUGCCUGCGUCAUUCAGUGGUACAUCUAUAGCAUGUCACCAUGCGGAAAGAACAUCAACAAGCUUAGCAAGACACGCAAGGACUGCAGCGCCGAUAUCUCCGUCUGGGUCCAGGUCUUCCCGUACGGCCUCAUCGGUAUGUCUGAGGUGCUCGCUUCGAUCACUAAGCUCGAGUACGCGUAUACCAAGGCUCCCAACAACAUGAAGUCCACCAUCCAGGCCAUCGCUCUAUCCACCUCGGCCGUAUCUGCCGCUCUUGGUCAAGCUUUCGUUUCUCUCUCAGAAGAUCCUCUCUUGGUAUGGAACUACGGCUCUGUUGCUGUCGUCGCAAUGGUUGGUGGUGUCGGUUUCUACUUGACCUUCCGCAAGACCGAUCGUGAGGAGGACGCUAUGAACAACCUCAAGGAGAGUGCCUACAUCGGUAACAAGAAGGAAGACGAUGUGGAGAACGUCGAGACGACGAUUGUUCGAGACGAGAAGAACGAGAAGGGUGCAUUGAACUAAGCGCACCCGGAUCGGCUGCUGUUGAAAUACUAGAC